GCAGACCAGGACCGGGGCAGACAGUAGUACAAGCAGCGGCAGCAGCAUCUACUCUGUUAACCGGAGGACGACUGUUCUGACUCCCUGAGGUUUGCUGCUGUUGUGCAGUGAAGUCCCGUCAGCUGAGCCUGUACCUCACCCGCUGGUACAUCUCUGAAAAUAUCCAGAGUAUUGUUUUUUUAUUUUUUUUUUAUUUUGAGGGACAUUUCCGUUUUUUUAAAAAAAAAAACAGAGUCUGCGGAGUCGUGAAGUCCGUUGUGUUAACCCCCCCUUUUUCCAGAGACGCACAAAAGACGCACUCUCAAGUCCACCUGGAUAGCUUGACAAAGCCGUCCGGUCAAGGUGCAGUGGAGAGAGACGGUGAGGAGAAGUUAGCGCACGGAAGGCAAAGAGCAAGAAAGAGAGGAGGACAGGAUGCAUCUCAAGAAGCAUUUGAUUUUCACCCUCUACACUAUUUAUGGGAUUCUUCUUAAAGUGAUGGCUUCAAAAGGCAAAGUUCGAGGCAUCAGCGGUCAGUACCCUCUGGUUCAAAAUAUGACGGUGACAGAGGGUGGGACGGCGAACCUGACCUGCCGUGUGGAGUACAAUGACAACACCUCCCUCCAGUGGUCAAACCCAGCACAGCAGACCCUCUUUUUCGGGGACAAGAAAGCUUUAAGGGACAACAGGAUCGAGCUGGUGCACGCAUCGUGGUCGGAGUUGACCAUCAGCAUCAGUGAUGUCACACUGUCUGAUGAGGGCAUGUACACCUGUUCUCUCUUCACCAUGCCUGUCAGAACAGCCAAAGCCUACCUGACGGUUCUAGGUGUGCCAGAGAAGCCGGAGAUCAAUGGCCUGACGAAGCCCGCAAUGGAGGGAGACCACAUCACUCUGACUUGCAUCACUCAGGGCAGCAAGCCCGCUGCCGACCUGCGCUGGUUCAGGAACGAAAAGGAGAUCAAAGGUGCCAAAGAGGUGAAUGCAAGCGGGAAGACAUUUACAGUACGGAGCUCUCUGCAGCUGCACGUGGACAGAAAUGAUGAUGGAGUGGCCUACACCUGCAAAGUGGACCAUGUGGCCCUCACACAGACACCACAGCAGGCCACUGAAGUACUGGAGGUCCACUAUGCUCCUCGUGUGGAGAUCUUCCACCCCCUUGACAUCCCUCAGGAGGGUCAAUACUUAAAGCUGGAGUGUGUGUCCAAAGGAAACCCUUCGCCGGAUCCUGUGAUGUGGACAAAGGACGGGGGUGAACUUCCUGACCUGGACAGGAUGAUUGUAGAGGGGAGGGAGCUCACCUUUACUUCACUCAACAAGACAGACAAUGGCACCUACCGCUGCGAAGCCAGCAACCACCUAGGGACCAGCAGUGCUGAAUAUGUCCUCUACGUCUAUGACGCCCCCACAACCCUGCCUCCAUCCACCACUCCCCCCCUACAUCCCAUCCCUCCAGAUUCUACUGCUCUAUUAGGCACCCACGCCUCAGACCCCACAGUCACUGGCAACAGAGAUCCAAACGCUGUGGGGCAGCACGGCACUGACCAUGCCUUGAUCGGAGGAGUGGUGGCUGUAGUGGUCUUUGUCACCUUGUGUUUAAUCAUUGUUCUGGGAAGAUACCUGGCCAGGCAUAAAGGAACAUACUUGACAAACGAGGCCAAAGGAGCAGACGAUGCACCCGACGCAGACACAGCUAUCAUCAACGCUGAGGGCAACCAUGCACACGCAGAGGAAAAGAAGGAAUACUUCAUUUAGACUGCAGAGGGAGCUGUGCCGCUCUCUUCUUCCCCUCCCCCUCUUUCGAUCUCUGUAUCUCUUUCUCUCUUUCUCUCUGUAUCCCCCUUUACUUCUCCAUCUCUGACCACUGCCCCCGUCGUGUCGAGGAACCCGUAGGCAGUCCACAGACAGAGGUUCCCCAAGUGUUUUCCUAUUAUAGCCUUCUGUUGAGCCCAUUUGUAUCAUUUAUCUCUUUUCUUUUAUUUCUUUCUUUCUUGUUUUUUUUUUAUUUGUUUGUUGUUUUGGCAGCCGGUGUUCACAGGCAGCUUGCCGGUGCUGCUGAAGUUGUCUGGUUUAUUCAUCCUUUACAUAAAUUCCUGGAAGUCUGUAUAUCUACCAUGACUGCUUCUUUACAUGGCCCCUUGUUCAUCCCCUCUCCCUGUUCCCAUCCAAGCAGACACCCAAACACAUACUAUAUUCCCUUUGUUCACACACACACACACACACACACUCACUCAUACACAUUCACUCAUAUACACACACACACGCAAACACGUAUCAUAUCUCACAUCAACACGGUGCCUAAAAAUACAGACGCCAUUGAACUUCUGUCAAUGCCUUCAUGUAUCGUCUGUCAGUAGCAAUGUAAAUGCUUCGUAGGUGGUUAACUGGACCAUCAUUUCAUUGCUUAGCUCACAGCUUUUGAUUAUGCAUUGCGUCUUUUUUUAUUUGAAUGAGAAAUCUUUGCUGUUUACGCCUUAUACGUGUAUAUCACACUGAAUAUGGUACUUUUAGAUGAUCCAACCCCCCCCCCCCCCCAACCUCAUCCCCUCUAAAUAGACUUGUAAUUAAACAGUUGACCCUUGUAAGAUAAGAAGAAGGUUUUGUGUAACACUGUAGCAAGGUUUGUCAGUAUAAUUUUCAUUAUUAUCUAGGGGUAAUAAAGGGUCGUGUGGUAUUGUUUAGAACAGAGAAUACACAAAGAUGCUAGAGGAAGCAUUGCAUCGAAUAAACUCAAUCAAGUAUAUAAAACCAUUUGCUAAACCUGCUGUUCCUAUGUACCUUCGUCUGUAUAUUCCUGCACUGUCCAGGCUGCAGUUUAGCAAAACACCAACACCUCUUUACAAUGUCCUCUUUCCAGUAGUUUGUGAUUCACAUAAAAGGUUCAGGUGUACAGAAAGACUCAGUCUCCUCUCUCUAAAAGUUGUAUAAAUUGUAUUGAAGUUAGUUUAGCUUUUCACUUUGGAUUAUUUUGUUUCUGUUUAUGUCACAUUGGAAUCAUUUUAAGGCUUUAGGACCCUGUGAAAUGUAAAACUAACCACCAGGUGUUGAUAUGGGGCAGAACAGGUUUUUAGUGUUAAAUCUUUCCUCAUUCUUUCAGUAAUGUCAUUUUGAUUGAUACCUCUUGUGAGUUUGAGGUCCAGGCAGCUUUCUACAGUGGUCUGUACACACAUUUCUGUUCAUUGACUGGCUCAUAGAUAACUAUUCGAUCACAGUAUUACUUAAUACGAACAGUCAGAACAUCAGUUGAACACAACAUUUCUGUUUUAGCAGUUUCUGAUGAUUUAGUUAAAGUGUAGUUAUCACCAACACGUGGCAAACGCCCACCGCUGAAGCUGCAUAACUGCUCCUCUUAAUUCCAUUUUGCCAGAGCCGCUCCCCAUGAACUGAAUAAAAUUUCCAUUUCAUGGGGUCUUCAAGCAAGGAAAAAAAAAAAAGAGAGAGAGAAAUAGUGUGCGAGUGCUGGGUCGUAGAUCUGCAGGGGCCUCCUUUCCAAAACUAAAAGCUGAAGAUAAAUAGAGAAGCACAAAAACUAGAUCGCCUUGGAAAUGAUUCUUCUAUUGAAUAUUGGGUGGUGGAAAGAUGACAAGGCUGUCUUUGAUUCAAUUCUGGAGGGAAAAAAAUACAGUGCAGUUCUUUUUGAAAAUGUAAACAAAAUCAUGUUUUUAUAUAUAAAAAAAUAAUAAUGUUUAUAAUAUUUUGGGUUUAAACGGUUCUAAACUCCCUGCUGUAUAUUGUGUCUGCUAAAAUGUGGUUGAUUGUGAAAAUUGCUGUUCAAUUCUGGAUUCCCAUAUUCCUUCAAAUUUGUAUAUUAGCCACCUUAUCUAUUUUUAUUAUUUUUAUUUUUAUUUCUUUUUCUCAUUGCAUAAUCCUUAGAAAACUUUAAAAGAAAUGCAUUUUGUUUUGGCACAAGGCAUGUAUAUAAUGUGUGAAAACUGAACUUUGGUAAUACACAUUAGCAUGUUUUUGUUUCUUGGUUCUUUUUCAUACUUAAUUUAUUUGAACUGAAGUUAUUUAAGAGAGAACCACAAUGAAAGGUUGUUUGUAACUUUUUUUCGGAGAAGGGUGGCUUCUUGUCUUUGUGGCGUGGUCUGAGGUGCUACAGAUCUGAAAGAUUUGGUGUUGUAGAAAAUGUAAUUAACAAAGAAAGGAAAUGAUAUAUGAAAAACAAUGGUGGAGUCCUGUAUGUUCAACUUUUUGUCAACAGAAAGAGAAAAAAAAAUGUGCAUCUGUCUUUACCAAAUCCUUAAAAUCCCAUUUGAAUCGAAUAUAAAUGCAUUAAAAGGAACAUUGCCUUCAUGUUGGAGGCAGGUUUUUCACACACAAAGACAGACAUAUCCCAGUAAACAACUUCUGCUUCUUUUUGUAUAUCUCUGUCAUUCAUCUCUCAUCACUUUGCAGGAAUCUGGCUGAUUUACUUUCCUGUGAAAGAGCGAUAAACACUGUGGCCUCUGGAACUAAAGACUUAAAGGCAAGGCACUAAUCUUCUGAGUGCGAGCAAAUUAUUACCAAGGGCAAUAAAAUAGUGGGCCCAGCUGUCUCUAAUUCGAUGGCCAAUUUACAACAUUAUGCAAAUAAGGUCAGCAAGUGAGGUCUUUCUCUGUGUGUGUGCUGUAACUCAAGCACCGCUGGGUGAAUCACAAGUUUGGAAUCAUUAGAAUGACAACGUCAGUUUUUGCCCAUCUCCUCAGAUGUAGAAAUUUAAGUUGCCUGUUACGUUUGAAAUAUGUUAAUUCCUUGUUUUAAAAAUGCAGAAGCCUCGCUACAGUCUGCAUAUUUUACUAUUUUAGUGCCCUUCAAUCAAUGCACUGCCAUUAACAGGUUUAACUUCAGCCUCGCCCACAAACCUUCAGUGUGUAGAGACUAAAGCAGUCAAGACUGGCUCUUGGUCUUUAGAAACCUUGUGUACCACAUGUGUGUAUAGAUACAUUUAUCACAGUCAUGUAAUGUCUUGUUCUUUUUUUUUUUGUUUGUUUACUUUUCUAUCCAAUUAUUUUCAUGUCUUAAAUCAGUGUCGGUGUCAAUCAAAUUUGCUGUUGCUUCACACGUGCGUCGCCGUAUCAUAAGAGGGCGGUCGAAUCGAUUUGCUGAUUCUGAAGUCGGAGAAACAGGCUGUUUUAUAUAAAAGGAGCAGUGUGUAAGGUUUCAGGUGCUCUAUUGGCAGAGUAUGGCAGACAAAUUGAAUAUAAUAUUCAUAACUAUGUUUUCAUUGGUUAUAAUCACAUGAAAAUAAGUACUGCUGUGUUUUUGUUUGCUUGGAAUGAGCUCAUUAUAUCGACAGUGGGAGUGGGUCCUCCACCAUGUUGAACUGUUUCUAAGUAACCCAGAAGAGACAAACCAAACACUGGCUCUUACGAGUUUCAUGGCCACAGUAGUUUCGCCUACACACAUGGAGGGGAAAGAGAAGGGGGAGGUGAGGGGUAUUCAGGCGGUUGCAAUCUGUAACUUCACCACUAGAUACCACUGAAUCCUACACACUGGUCCUUUACAUGAACUCAUAAAUAACCAGGCCAUUCCCUGAAUUAUGCACUCUGACUAAUUUGGUGGACAUUUCUUAGUAUAUGGUAAACUGUGUUUCGUUUUUUCUUUCUGAAAACCACGUGUAAAUAUUUGUUUUGACACAACAGUAAUGAGCUAAUUUGUUGCAAAUUGUCUUUUUGUGAUAGUUAGACAAGACCUGAAUCUUUUUUUUUUUUUUUUUAAUUGUUAUUCUAACAGCCUGGCACAUACCACCAUGCACUAUUUUGCUAUGAUAGAACCAACUGUAGCUUGGGGUCAGUUAUUAGUCAAUCUUUUUUCUGUUGUUGUUGUCGGUUGAAACUAAGCUUUAAACUUGUUGCCUCCUUGUUUUCCAACAUAUAUCAAUUCGGUUCAUAUCCACUAUAUCACGGGCCUCUAAUUUUAUCCUGGCAGCAACAAGACAGCCAUAGCGCUAACGUGGUCACAGAGCUAUUUUCAUUGGCACAAGUCCAUUUUUAAAAAUUUGUCUCCAUUCGGUUCAAACGUGCCAACUUUCUUUGACUGAAGGUAGAAGUGGUGCAGAGGUUAUGUGUUAUGGUCAUGCACUUCUGCACAAUUUUGAUCUUCAAGUUGGUGAUGGCACAUACUGACCUGUACAAAAAACAUUCAUGUAUGCAUUACUUUUGCUUCUUUCACUGUAAAUUGCUUUUUUUUUAUCACAGAUUUAUAGAAACAUAAAAUACAUUUUUUUAAUGUGAUUAAAGUGGUUUGUAGAAAUGAAUGGCUGAUUUCUAGCCGUAUUGUCAUUGACAGCCGCUUGACAAUUGUGUGAUCGUUCCCUUUCAGUUGAUUAAACACAUGUGUGUUACCUGUAUUAGGAAACAGACAGUUAUAUAAAAAACACAAUUUAUUAUACUACAAAGUUACUGUCGAUGUUGACUAAGUGCACUGAUAUCAAUAUUUUAUAAAAAAACAUAACAUCAUAUCACAAAAAUUCAGUGUAAAUAAUAAAUAAUCUAAAGUCAACUCAAAAAAGGGAACAUCACCACAUCCAUGGGGAGCUGUUUAUUUGUGCCUUGUGACUCUGCACCUCCGGUUUACUCCUUCAACCUCCUCCUGCCUGUCUGCUUCUUUUAAAGGGGGAUGAGACGAGCCGAUGUUAUUGGUAAUUACUGAAGCUCGUCCUAACUCCACCUGCUGAUACUGCAUUAUGUAUUCAUCCUGCUCGAGCCUUUUCAUCACGCUGUACUGCACCCUGCGGUCACAGAGCGUUGCAGUGAGUCGAGCACAUUUGGCCUGCGUUUGACCCCCGCCCAAGUUUGCGCUUGCAAUUGUCCCAGUUUUCAGGAAAUUAGAGGCCCACGUCAACUCGAAACUCUGAAUUUAAAAAGAGAUGAAUACGUUAAGUUUUGAUGGUUUUUUAUUCUCCACAGCAGCGAUGAUAGCAUGACAUGGCCCCGUCCAGUCCUGUCUCUCCUCCUCUGACCCUUCAUGUGUCUUUGCUGUACAGUUUGGCUUCAGUGCACUUCUUUGUUCCUCUGCAAUAUUGACACUAGAUCAAUCAGCCCAAUCUCCAUAUUAUCGGAAUGAUGACAGCAACAUGUGACACACUCGCAUUUUUUAUUUUUUUUAUUUUAUUAUUAUCAUUUUUUCAUUAUAUCUGAUUUUGUUUUGUUUUUUUGUUUUUUUUUGCAUCUCAGGAAUACUUCAUUUAGACUUCUGGAUUGUUUUUUGUCUUAAAACAGGGAUUUGUGAGCUCUCCCACUCUGCUAGUCCCUGAACGCUGACACCAUGUAUUUUGUUGAGUUUAAGGUUAUCACAAUGUUAAUAAAAACGAUUCAGUGAUUCUUCAGUAAUUCUGUCAUCUCGCUGUCAUUGGGAUAUUGGAGUUUUUUUUUUUUUUUUUUAUGAUCACUGACUUGAAAUACUGAUAUUUAGAAAUAUGCUGCAAAUAAUUCUGAGUUUCAAGAAUGAUAGAAGUUGUGUUUAUAC